AGGAGGACUCCAUUUCCCAGAAUGCCCAGGGUCGGCCGUCACACAUCGUGGCCCCGCCUCCAGAUCGUCUAAGAAUCUCUUGGGGGCAGCCUCAACUCCUGGAAGGAUCACCGCUGUGCUUCUUGGACUUUUUCUAGGGAAGGGCCGGGCGGAGGCGGGGCUCCUGGGCUCCUAUAAGUGUUUGUGGAGGGCGGCUGAGGGGCUGUCUCCCUGUCGGUCCCUCACUUUAAAGGGCCGGAGAGAAGACUAACGGAAGUGCCCGGCUCAGGCCGGGGCGGCUCUGUCUGGACCUGGAGCCAAGGCGGGGCUUCGCCCUCCCCCAGAGGCGAGAGAAGGGGCCGCCAGCCCCAGAGCCCGGAGGCACCUGGGAGAGGGGCUGGUCCGGCCCUUCCUCCAGGGGGCCAUACAACUCCGAACAGGCCAAGGGAAGAGGCAGCCAAUGUGAUGGGGGAGGGAUUCCCUGUGCCCACAUUCCAUGGGAGGAGCCCUGAUCUCGGGCACUGAGGAAAUGCCAGCUGGCUCUCCCCAACACCCACCUGAUAUAUCCGUCUCCCCCUCCACCCAGUGCAGCUUGUGAAUGGAAUGAAGCCAAAGAUGGCAGCAGUUCCUGCCUGGCCAGUCUGAGGCCCUCUCCCAGCCUGAGACUCCUUGUUCCCCCCUGAGCCCAGGGAAGGGCCUGGGAGCCCCUCUGACCUUCCCCCUCUCUCUUCCCCCCCCAGGCGCACACAGAGGAAGUCUUCCCCCCCCUCAGGGCUGCCACCCCCUGAAGGACCCCAGGGUGGCCCCGCAGAGAGCCCGCAGCCAGAGGAAUGGCCCCCGGGACCCCUAGGCCCCCCUCCCAGGGGUCCAUAGCAUUCAAGGAUGUGGCUGUGGAUUUUACCCAGGAAGAAUGGUGCCUAUUGAACCAUUCUCAGAAAACACUGUACCUGGAGGUCAUGCUGGAGAAUGUGCAGAAUCUACUCUCUGUGGGGGUUCCAGUUCCUACAGAAAAUGUUAUCUCCUGUUUUCAGCAAGGAAAAGCACCAUGGCUACAAGAGCAAAAAGGCCCAAGGACUUCCUAUCCAGAGGCAGAGACUAAUUUUGGAGUGAAGGAGUUUUCCACAAAUGUGAGCCUUUUUAUGGAUGGAUCUGGCCCCCAAGAAUACAUGAAUGAGGUUUCCCAUGACUUUAUUUUAAAAGAAAUUUGUGACUCUACUAUCAAGGUAAAUCAAAAUGCAAAGAGUGAUGGUGAAUUUGAUGAAACUGCAGAGAAAUUCAGCCAAUAUUCAGACCUAACUCAGUAUAUGAAAAUGACCUCAGGAAAUGACUAUUGUCAGGAUAGCGAAUAUAGGAAAUGCUUUCUUGAAAAAGUAGGACUUGUUCAGUCACCUGAGACACCUGAAACACCCAUGUAUCAAGGUAAUGUAGGAGAAAUGGCCUUGGGCUGUAGUUCAGAUCUCAUUAGACAUCCAAAAAGUAAAUGUGUUGAUAUGGUUUCUGUGAGUGAUAAAGGUGGGAGACCUUUAGGUGAGAACUCUCAGCUUGCUGCACUUCAGGGAAUCCACACUAGAGAGAAACCUUUUGAAUGUAAACAAUGCGGAAAGGCUUUCACACUGAGGGAUCAUCUUACCAGACAUCAGAGAAUCCACACUGGAGAGAAACCUUACAAAUGUAAACACUGUGGAAAGGCUUUCACAUGGAGUUACUCUCUUACUGCACAUCAGAGCAUUCAUACUGGAUUGAAACCUUAUCAAUGUAAACACUGUGGAAAGGCUUUCGCACAGAGGUCCAGUCUUUCUACACAUCAGAGAAUCCACACUGGAGAGAAACCUUAUGAAUGUAAACAAUGUGGAAAGGCUUUCACAUGGAGCGCUUCUCUUGCUAAGCAUCAGAGCAUCCACACUGGAGAGAAACCUUAUGAAUGUAUACAAUGUGGAAAGGCUUUCACACAGAGGGAUCAUCUUACCAGACAUCAGAGAAUCCACACUGGAGAGAAACCUUAUGAAUGUAAACAGUGUGGAAAAGCUUUCACCCAGAGGGGCAAUCUUGCUGCACAUCAGUUGACCCACACUGGAGAGAAACUUUAUUGUAUUGGAUAUAUAGUGGGUUCUUUUGUGAUUGUAUAAUCAAUGAUAAAAUUUUUUGAUAGCUUGGGAAUAGGUGGAUAAGAGAGAAGAGUUGUGCAAGUUGGAUUUCUUUUAAGUCAGAGUAGAUUGUGAAAGAGAAAUGAUGGGAAGAGAAAUUUCCCAAGGAUCCCUGGGAAUGUAAGUUGAGCCAAUAAUCACUGUUUGGGUUGUCCUGAUCCAGGAAGUUUUUCCAAGGAGCUUGCUCUGAGAGUUGGAGAAGAUCUGACGAAUUUUCUUGAAAAACAUCCUAGCAGACAAGAAAAGAAUAGUGGUGUUCCUAUACCUGUGUUUCGCCAAUGGUGGCAGGAAAGAGCAAAGGAUGAGUAGAGAAAUCAUUUGAAGUUCUGACAAGCUGAAUUUCAUCUGAGCAGCAGGAAAGAAAUCUAUCUUAUCCCUCUUAGUUUAUUAAGUUUAUAUUUUAGUUUUAGAUAAAGUUCAUUAGUUUUGGGGAAUAGAUUAGUUAGUAAGAGUAGUUUUAAGUUAGGUUGUGAAUUCAAGCAAGAAGAAUUCUCAUGAGAGAGACAGUUGGUUUUGGGUUGUUAGCUAGUAUUGAUUGGACUAAGGAAAAUAUAUUUCCUCAACUUUCUAAUUAGCAUAUAGAAGUGAAUAUAAAUAAAUAAUUUUUUAUUCAA